UUGCGCGCUUGCCGAGUGCGUUGAGCGCUCGCGCAACUCAGUAUACAACCGACUUUGAACCGCGGCAGCCAUGCGCAAAAAAACGAACAAUUCAAAUAACGAAAACGAACAUUCUUUCAUAUCGCACUGAACGCGUUCCUAUAAGAAAAAGAAAAAAAAACAAACCAUAAACUAAUGUCUAUUCAAUUUAAAACAUUCUAAAUUUUGAACAAAUUUAAAAAGCUUCACACUCAUUACAAAAGCAUAUGGCCAGUCCAAGGAUGUGAACUUUUUUUGGUUUCGUAGUGCUUACAAAGGAAUGUGGCUUCAGUGUUGUUACGCGUAAGAGCGAGUGUUGUGUGAAUUCUUUCGAGAUCAUUGUUUUUUUUAAGUGUGGUGGUGUCAACCUUUGCGGAGUGCCAGAGUCAGUGUAGGAUUUAAAUUAAGUUCUUUUAAGACUGAUAACAUGAGGGUUAUACUGGUCCUGACGUCACUAUUGGCGAUAGCGCGGAGCAAACAGCUGCCGCGAGUGAAAGACCCACCGAGCACAACAGUAGCUACGGCGACAGAAGAUGACACGACACAGUGGCCGGGAGCAGUUGCACCCCUGGAUCAGCUGGCGGUCGCGUGCGAGAGGGAUAGCAUGCACAUCACCGUCACACUCGCACAGACGCAGUCGUCCUACGAUACUAAUAGUCCUUUAGACGCGUUCAAUGGCAUCGUCUACCCCGCCGGUCUGGGCAGCAAUUCUUCAUGUCUCCGCGAGUAUGAGAACGCUAGAGGCGACCUGCAGUACACCCUGCCACUCAUGGGGUGCAACACCAUGGCCACUGAUAACGAGGAUGGCACAGUGGAAUACUACAACAACAUUAUCGUGCAACCCCAUCCGAAGAUCGUAACGGGCCAGGGGCGCGGCUACCACGUGCGCUGCCGGUACCGGCGCCGCGACCUCAUGCAGUUCCACAUACUGCACCGCCAGAAGAACGACAGAAGCGGCAAGUCACUGGCUGACGAUAACGAUCUCCAAGACUUGGAGAAAGAAUUCGUCAUGUUGCCAUCAGUCACCAUGCAACUAUUCAAGGGGGACCCUGAAGAAAAACAUGAGGUGUCCGAAGCCAAAGUAGGUGACACAGUGACACUGGUGGUGUCACUCGAGAAGCAGAACAACGUGGGCAUGCUGGUGCGAGACUGCUUCGUGCAUGACGCCUUAGGGUGGGCGGAGCACAAACUUAUCGAUGAAGAUGGAUGUCCGUUAGACAGUGCCGUGAUGGGCAUGUUCCAGUACUCAUCUGACGGUUUGCGGGCUCAAGUCUCCUUUUCCGCCCACAAGUUUGCUUGGAGCCCCAGCGUUUACUACACUUGUGGCGUGAAGCUGUGCAAAAAUGAAUGCUUCCGUCGUUCCUGCACGGACGGCGGGAAGCGUUUACGCAGAGACCUGGACGAAGGCUCGCCCGCCACCGUGGAGGUGUUCACAGGGUUAUAUGUCAACGAGGCUGACUCCUUGGAGAGCGACGAGGUUGUCAGCGAGAAGAAAGAGGACGAGAUCUGCAUCACACAGAGGAACUUCGCAAUCGGCAUUUGCAUCGCUGGUGUAAUUCUGAUGAUCUGCGUGAUAGCGGCCAUUGCAUUCAUUUUGGCGCGAAGACGCAAUCCGAAGACUUAUUCGCGGACCGGAAGUUCACUAUACAGCGGGCCAUAUACCAACACUGGCUACUCGCACACGAGCUAAGCGUUCCAUUUUCGAAAAAGUUUUUUUUUAUUCAAUCGCAAUUCACUAUUUGUUUCUUUUU